AUGAGUUCUUUAAGUAAGAUUAGAGCUAAUGGUAGCAUUGGAGUCGUUGGAGCAGGUAUUUCAGGUCUCACGUAUGCUUACUUUGUAUCUAAAAUACGGCCAGACUUGAAAAUCACCAUUUUUGAUAAAUCUGAAAAAGUUGGUGGAUGGAUUCAAACUGCUGAAUUAUUCGAUGAUAACACUCAUGAAAUCAUAAAAUUAGAUAAGGGACCAAGAAGUUUAAGAGGUGUUAGUGAUGGGACUUUGGUAAUAUUGGACAUUUUAAAGAAAUUGGGUCAUGGGGAUCAAAUAAAAGUCAUUAACUCCAAAUCUAAAGGAAAUAGAAAGUAUUUAUUAAAUUCGAAUUAUGAAAUCAUGCCUCUCCCACAUGAUUUGAAAUCACAUUUGAAAGCUUCUAAGAUGGGUAUGUUUUCAGGAAUAAUUUCCAAAGUCUUAACUGAACCUUUUAGAAAGAUAAAGAAAGAUUCUCAAGACGAAAGUAUUGAUCUGUUCUUCAAAAGAAGAUUUGGAAGCACAAUUAUCACCGAUAAGAUACUCAGUGCUAUAAUACAUGGAAUCUAUGCUGGAGAUACGUCAAAAUUAAGUAUUAAGAUAUUUUCUAGAUUACAGAAUUUUGAGCAACAAGGCAGUAUUAUCACAUCAAUGAUCAAGCUUCUUUUCAAGCCUAAAGAAGAACCUAAAUUAACUCCAACUUUGCAGAUCUAUGAAACAAAGUUUGGUGGAGAUUUAAUGACAUUGUCAAAUAAUUUGAAAGGGAAUCCAAUGGUUGUUUUCAAGGAUUCUCUUUCGUUGUUUCCUAGAGUGAUGGCGGAUUUCUUGAAGACCAAUGGGAAUAUUAAAUUUGUUAUGGGAAGUGAUAUUUCAGCUAUUUCCACUGAUGGAACGAUUACGAAUAAUGGUGAAUCUAUAGAGUUUGAUCACGUGAGGUCAACUAUCGAUGUGAAGCAGUUGAGUAAAUUAAUUAACUCACAAGAAUUAAAAGAGGAUUUUGAAAAGAUUCAAUACGUGAGUAUAUUUAUGGCCAAUGUGUAUACCAAACAAAGGAUAAUUCCAUCAGAUGCUGAAGGUUUUGGAUUUUUAGUACCCAGAAUCUCCCACAACAAGGAGUUCUUAUUAGGUACAAUAUUUGAUUCUUCAAUCGCUAGCUAUUGUACAACUUUAGGAUCAAAUGAUGCUGAAAAGACAUCAUACGAUAAAAUGACAAUGAUGUUUGGUGGGCAUUUUUUCGAUACUAUUCCAUCAACAAGAUUAUCCUUAAAGGCGGUGGAAGUAACAUUGAAUAAGGUGUUUGGUAUCGAAAAUAAGAAUCUCAUUUUCCGUGAUGAGGCCAAUGCUUCUUCUGAUACGAUUGAAUUGAAAGAUGAAGAUAUCCUCAUAUCUUAUAAUUUGCAUAAAAACUGUAUCCCUCAAUAUAAUGUAGGAUAUGAAGAAAUCAAAACUAACGUAUUAAAUCAAUUAAAUGGUACUAAAUUAUCAUUAGGAGGGAUGUGUUUUGGUAAUGGAGUCGGAGUACCUGAUUGUGUCAUAAAUUCAUUACAAGAUGCAUUAAAGUAG